GGAGCGGAUUCAUCCUGACGCACAAAAAGGAGGAGUGGAGCGCAGUGCGUAACAGCAAAAACAACCAAGUUUCCUCUCACUUGGUUCACUUUAGGACUAAUCCACGAUCAGGAGAAUCCGCUUUGAGUAUUUCUUUUUCUUUCCUGUGUGAAAUAUUAAGUUAAAAUAUAAAAAAUAACAAUAAAGAACGGGACCGGCUGAGCGGACGCUGCCUGACACUCACAGCCGCUUCUUCGCUCAUCACCUGCGGCUCGCAUUUUACGCACGUCCCGCAGGAUUUAGACUCGGUGGAAAAGUUACUGCGUGGGAUGUUUGACCGUGGGUUUUGAGUCUGCAGCUUCUGAAAAUGCUGCCUGUGGAGUUGGAUGCUGUUCGUGGAGGUUUCAUCCCGUAGGCUGCUCUCUGGGACCGUGCGUCUCUGUUUUGGAUAUAUCGGCGCUGCUGGACAGCCUCGUUUGACAAACUGAUUUAACAAUAAAAACAAACUGUGAUCAACCUCAUUUACCUAUGAAAGAUCUGACUAUAUGAUGGAGCACCGUCCGACUGUGGCUGUCCUGCUGGUUUUAUUUGUGCUCAGAACUUUGGCAUAUGGUUCCCGACCCCGAUUAGAGGAUGCACCCCCUCGGAUCUUGGAGCACCCGUCCGAUCUGAUUGUGUCGAAGGGCGAGCCGGCCACCCUUAACUGCAAAGCGGAGGGAAGGCCGACUCCGAUGGUGGAAUGGUACAAGGACGGCGAGCGCGUGGAGACGGAUCGAGAAGAUCCUCGAUCCCACCGGAUGCUCUUACCCUCCGGCUCCCUCUUCUUUCUGCGAAUCGUACACGGGAGGAGGAGCAAACCCGACGAAGGUGUCUAUGUGUGUGUGGCUCGGAACUACCUGGGUGAGGCCGUUAGUCGCAAUGCGUCGCUGGAGGUGGCAAUUCUGAGAGACGACUUCCGUCAAACUCCCAGUGAUGUGGUUGUGGCAGCAGGUGAACCAGCCGUCAUGGAGUGUAUCCCACCCCGAGGACAUCCCGAACCGACCAUCUCCUGGAAGAGGAACAACAUCCGAGUCAACGACCGGGAUGAGAGGAUCACUAUCCGAGGAGGAAAGUUAAUGAUUUCCAACACAAGGAAAAGUGAUGCUGGCAUGUACGUAUGUGUUGGAACCAACAUGGUGGGAGAAAAAGACAGCGAUCCGGCAGAAUUAGUGGUGUUUGAGAGGCCCGUUUUCACCAAGCAGCCGGUGAACCAGGUGGUGUUAGCAGAUGAUACGGUGGACUUUUUCUGCGAGGUCCACGGAGACCCGACUCCAACCAUUCGCUGGCGUAGAGAGGAGGGAGAAUUGCCCCGGGGCAGGUUUGAGAUCCGCAGCGACAACAGUUUGCGUCUGACUCAGGUGCGAGCUGAAGACGAAGGCACUUACACUUGUGUGUCAGAGAACAGCGUGGGCAAAGCCGAGGCUUCUGGGAGUUUGCAAGUGCAUGUCGGUCCAUUUAUGCCCCCUCAGAUCGUUGUCCGUCCACGGGACCAGAUCACAGCUCCGGGUCGCACCGUAACCUUCCUCUGCGGCACGAAAGGAAACCCUCCACCUGCUGUGUUCUGGCAGAAAGAAGGCAGCCAGAUCUUGCUCUUCCCCAUUCAGGAACCAACACAGUCGGGUCGGUUUUCUGUGUCUCUAAGCGGCGAGCUGACCAUCGCCGACGUCCACGUUGAAGACUCUGGCUACUACAUCUGCCAGGCCAUCAGCGUGGCCGGCAGCAUCCUGACCAAAGCCCUGCUGGAGGUGGAAAGUGCGCCCUCUGACCGCGUCCCACCCAUCAUCCGCCAGGGCCCGGCCAAUCACACCUUAGCGCCCGGUUCCACUGCCCAGUUACACUGUCACAUCAUGGGCAACCCCAUUCCCAGCAUCCAAUGGGAGAAGGAUGGACAGAGGAUCCUGGGAAACGACGGACGAGUCAGUUUGAUGGAAAACGGCACGUUCCAAAUCACCAACCUCCAGGAAACCGACUCCGGGGUUUACACCUGCGUGGCUUCCAGCUCCAGCGGAGAGACGAGUUGGAGUGGAGUGCUCACCGUCAAAGAGAGUGCAGAGGCAUCGGUAGCUCAGGCCACGGAGCCGUUUCAGUUGCCAGGUCCACCACAUAAACCCAUAGUCACAGAUGUAUCAAAGAACAGUGUCACACUGACCUGGCAACCCAACGCCCACGAGGGAGGAGCGGCCGUCACCUCCUACAUCAUCGAGGCUUUCAGCCAAUCAGCCGGCAGCACCUGGCAGACUGUAGCCGACAUGGUCAAGAUGGAGACGCACACAAUAACGGGCCUCCUCCCGAACACCAUCUACCUGUUCAUCGUCCGAGCCGUCAACGCUUACGGCCUGAGCGACCCCAGCCCCAUCUCCGAGCCCGUCCGCACGCAAGAUGUGAGCCCCACCGGUCAGGGGGUCGACCACAGGCAGGUGCAGAGGGAGCUGGGGGAGGUGGCGGUUCAGCUCCAGGAGCCCGUCACAUUAUCACCGGCAUCCAUUCGUGUUUCCUGGACUGUUGAUCGUCAGUCUCAGUACGUUCAGGGAUAUCGCCUCUUCUACCGACCCAGCGGGGGAAACUGGCUCCUCCAGGACAUCAACGCCCCCUCUGAGCGCAGCACCGUCCUCACCAGCCUGCUCAAAGGGACGGAGUAUGAAAUAAAAAUCCGACCCUAUUUCGACGAAUUCCAGGGCAAGGACAGUCGAACGUUACUGGUUCGGACGCCAGAGGAAGUCCCCAGUGCCCCGCCGAGAGCUGUUACAGUGGCAACGGUAAAGCUGAGCAACAGCUCCAGCAUCAGUGUCUCCUGGGAGCCUCCACCCAGCGAGAUGCAGAACGGCAUCAUCCAGGAGUACAGGGUUUGGUGCGUGGGCAGCGGCACCGACAACCAGACGCGCUACUACAUCAACAGGACUGUGGACGGCAACACACUGUCCACCAUGUUGAAGGGUCUCAUGCCCGGCAUCCUCUACCAGGUGGAGGUGGCAGCGGUGACCAGCGCCGGCAUCGGCACGCGAAGUCAACCAGUGUCGGUCCUUAUCAAACUGCCAGCUGAACAGCCCUCCACGCCAGGCGACGGAGGCGGUAGCGGCACCAGCGACGGCGGCGAGGAGAGCAGUGUGAGUCUGGCCGAACAGAUUACAGACGUGGUCAAGCAGCCGGCGUUCAUCGCGGGCAUCGGCGGAGCCUGCUGGGUCAUCCUCAUGGGAUUCAGCGUCUGGAUCUACUGCCGGCGCAAAAAGAGAAAAGAGCUGAGCCACUACACGGCCUCCUUUGCUUACACGCCAGCAGUUGGGUUUCCUCAUGGAGAAGGAUCAGGACUUAAUGGAAGGCCCGGCGUGUUGGGAGGCAGCAUGGGAAACUACCCGUGGUUGGCCGAUUCCUGGCCCACCACCAACCUGGUCCACAGUGGGAAAGAAGCCGUCAACUGCUGCACCACCAACCACAACACGGCCGAGAGAUACUACAACGAAGCAGGAAUCUCCAACUACCUGAAUCAAACUGAGAAGUACAGCAUGGGGGGUUCAACCGAGGGUCCCAUCUACAGCACCAUCGACGCCACCAGUGAAGACCUGCACAGCUUCACCUACGCCCAGCACAACUCCACCACCCCCUACGCCUCCACCUCCAUCAUGCCUUUCACCAACCAGGCUCAAGCUCCAGCUCACGGUGGAGAACAACAGGGUGAAGGACACUGGAUCGCCCAGCCCGGACCCUCUGGAGCCCAGUACGCCCAACCGGACCGCUGCAAUGGGAAGCCCAAGCAGAAGGCGAUGGGUAAGGCGGUCAAAACCCCAUCUUUGACAUGGAUGGAGGCGUUACCCCCACCCCCUCCACUCGGAGAGCUGGAACAGUGUGAUCAGGACGAAGCGCAUUCAGAACACGAGGACAUGGACAUCGGGUCGGAUGAGGAGUGGUGCCCCCCACUCCCAGAGAGGACCUACCUGAUGGAAGGAUGUGAGGACGGCCCCUGUCCCACUCAUAGGAACAACGCCUCCUCUCCUGCCACCUCCUACAGUCACCAGUCCACCGCCACGCUCACCCCGUCACCCCACGAGGAGACGAGAGCCCCCCACGACCUGCCGCGAUUCAACCAGCAAGACGGCCAGCAGCGCAGACGGUUACCCUGCGGUCCGGUGCCAGUUCCCCAGGCGCCGAGCCCAUCGCUCACCCAGUCCAACCCCUGCCUCUCCGGCCAACAGCAUCACGGCUCAUCAGAGGCUGGAACGCUGCCGUGCCAAAGUCCUGCCCAUCGCUGCCUCCACGGCCAGGGGGCAGCGCUGAAUGAAGACACCGUCAGCUCCACUACACCCGUGCAUAGUCGUUCUCCUGCAGAUACGUGCACUCCCCCCAGCCAAAAAUCCAGAGUGAAGAAAAAGAUCUCAAAAAGUUCAGGAUACAGACGAGAAAUACAAGGAGACCUGCCCCCACCCCCUGAGCCCCCCCCAGAUGAGGACCGGUUGCAGGGCCCAUCAGGGUGUGCGGAGAGCGGGAACAUGGCCAACGGGGCCGUGUCGUCCCUGGAGAGAAGCGAACACAGCAGCAGCAGCCACCAAAGGAAAGGCUCAGGACAAAGACCCGCCGACAAUGAUGAGAUAAUGCCAUAUGGCAGUAAGACUGGCUACCUUUCUCGGAAUCAGAUGUCUAGUAACUGCUCGACGACCGGAAGUUCUUCGUCCAGAGGCUCCACGGGGUCCCGGGGGCUCAGCUCCGCCAGGAAACACAACGAGGAGAUGAGAUAAGGUCAGAGUGCUUCUGCCAGUGGACCGUCGACGCCUCCAUCAUCCACCAUCGUCGCAUGUGGACGCAACACGCUGAACAUGAGGCUAGUUUCCGGUUUUGGGAUUCCACACUGUGUCAUUGUUGUGAACGACACACCAAUGGACUUCACAUCUCAGUUUUAGGUAUUAUACUAUGAUUAUUUAUGAGCUCUCAAGUUCACUCCUCUCCCUUGAUUUGUAAAUACCUGUGUCUGUACUGUUCUUUUGUGGGCUCUGGAUACAGGGAAAGAGACGUAUAUUGUAUUUAUGAUGAUUAAAAAAGAAAAAUCACAAAUGUAAACAAAAAAAACAAAAAAAAACAGUCUGUUACUUAUAAAAAGCUCAUGUCUUCUUCUUGAAUGUGCCAACUUUUUUUGUCAAAAUGUAUACUUUUUUGGAGAAGCAUUAACUACUGUUGCACUCUUGUUGUAAUGGCAAAACAACAGAAAAUAUGAAGCACAAAGUGUGUUUGUCGGGAUGAGAGGGGCGGUCGGAAAAGCCAAAACGAGCAGGUUCUCGCUCCUGGAAGGACGCCUCGGCCGGAGCGCUCCCCCCACCAGGACUCCCUGCACCCAUGUAGUCCGCUAAGAAUGUCAUACUUUUCUAUGUUUCCUUCAGUUUCUGCAGCGAAAUGUUCCGAUGUGCCAGCAGACAUGACAGGCUUUAUAAAAGUUUGAUUGUAACCCCCCACCCCCGUUCCCUGCUCCCAUCCUGUACCCCGCCCUUGUUCGUCUGAGGGACCAUUUGCUGCAGUCGUGCGAUGAAAAUUUACAUAUACUCCUUCCAAAACAAACAAAAAAAGUGUCUGUGGACUGACUUUUUGUACUCUUGUUGUUUUGUAAAAGUAAAAUAAAAUACAUUUGCUGAAUGAA